AUGGAUUCUCAGGACAUGUCUACUAUUUAUGAACAACAACAAGCAAGAUUGUUGGACCAAUUUGACCAAUGUUACCAAAAAUCAGUGCUUCUAAACACACUGGACUCAGAAUCUGAUAUAGCCGACUUAUUUUUCCCACCUAUAUCAUCUUCAUCGGUUACAUCUUCAAGUAACCAAUCGGGUAAUGUAACACUAGUAUCAGAUCUCCUAAAGCAAAUAGAUGAGAUCCCCAGCUCAUCAACAACAUCAUCAUCAUCAACAACAAAUACAUCAACAGCAAAUACAUCGAAUUCAGACAAUAUUAAUACCACCGCCUCAGAUUCCUCCCUGCUGAAAUUGCCUCCAUGCCCCAUUGAACAAGCAUGCGACUCGUGUCGUAAACGCAAAUUGAAAUGUUCUAAGGAGUAUCCGCGUUGCUCCAAAUGCAUCCAACACAAGUGGUGCUGUUCGUAUAGCCCAAGAACAGUGCGAAGCCCCUUAACAAGAGCCCACUUGACAGAGGUUGAGAACAAAUUACAGAAAUUGGAGGAUUUGUUGGCAUACAUAUUGCCUAGCGACUAUUUUGCCGCACUCGACGAAAUUGUAGGUGAAGGCGAGGAAGAUUUGAACUUUGAAGUUGAAUGGAAACCCGUUAGAGACCAAUUGAAGGGAUUAAAGAAGAAUUACGAAGUCAAGCUGAAGCAGAACAAGACCACACCAAUAGUACAAGAACCAUCACACAAGAGGAAGAAGUCUGUGUCAAGUAAUGCACAAAGAAAGUCAAUUGCCAGUAACACUACUUUUGUCAGCAAAAAUAACAACAUGAAGGAAAAUACCAAUAAUUCUGGUAACAAGUUUAAUGACAAGGUCACUGAAAGCAGUGCUAUUGAUGCGAGUAAUAACACGAGUCUAAACACCACCACCUCAAACAAGAACAACAACAAGAGCAACAAUAAUACCAAGAAAAGUACUGCCACUAAUACUGCCAUUAAUACUGCCACUGGUACUGCCACCUCUCCCACUAACAGUUCUCAAAAAACUUUCCACAAUACAAAUACAAAUGACAAGACAGCACUUCCCACAUCAAACACUACAUAUGAGUUUCCAAACGACAGAGUCAAGAUCAAGCAAGAAAUCAUCCAGGACUUUGAAUUGAAUAACAUUCCUACAAAACCAGCUACCACCUCAACACAAUCACCACCACUACAACCACCCUUGUCACAAAGGGAAUUUUUUGAGACAUUUUUAAAUACCGAAUACUCAGCUAUUGAUAAUCAGUCCAAUUUAAAAGAAGAUGUUACUAGUACCCAAAUCAAACAAGAAGAGUCCAUUCCCCCAUUUUCUUCGUGUUCUUCAAUGUUCCAGCCCUCAGAGAAUACAACUAAACAAAACUCCAUGUUGACUUCACCAUCAUCGAUACUCAGUCUUAGCUCGUGGAAUAAUGAUGAAAUGAGAGAAGAUGAUAACGAGACUGAUAUCAUUGAUAAUGAUUUGGAACUACCAAAGUCGUAUAAAAAGAUCAAGUUGGAGAAUAUGGAUUUUGAUAUGAAUAGAGUAGUGGGAAAUGAUAAUGAUAAUGAUGAUGAUGAUCUGUUGCAACAAGCACAACAACACUCACUUUCCGAUUCAUUCUACAAUUUACUAUCUAUUCCAGGGAAAGUUGGCGGUGCUAGUAAUGACAAUGGGACUAACAAUUUCGAUUUAAUGUUUGAUAUGUAA